ACUGUGUGACCGUGGGAGGCAAUCCCUAAGCGACCCAUGUGUAUCAUCUUCUUUAAAUUUGAUCCUCGCCCUGCUUCCAAAAAUGCGUACAGCGCCCUCUACUGACAAAACUUAACACAGUACCAACUGUAAAGAAGAGACUUUAGCUUCAUUAUCACAGAACAGGAAUCCCUGGAUGGUGUAAAUGGUUCAUGCGUAUUAACCAAAAGGUUAGCAGUUCAAGUCCACCCAGAGAUGCCUCUGAAGAAAGUCCUGGUGGUCUACUUCUAAAAAAUCAGCCGUUGAAGAAACCAAUGCUCAUUCUAGCAGCCAACAGAGAUGAAUUCUACCACAGGCCGACCAAAUUAGCCAACUUUUGGGGGGACAACAAUGAGAUCCUCAGCGGGCUCGACAUGGAGGAAGGGAAGGAAGGCGGGACGUGGCUCGGCAUCAGCACACAGGGCAAACUGGCAGCACUCACCAACUACCUGCAGCCACGGCUGGACAGGGACGCCCGGGGCAGAGGUGAACUGGUCACCCACUUUCUGACCACCAACAUAGACAGCUUGUCCUACCUGAAGAAGGUCUCCAUGGAGGGGCACCUGUACAAUGGCUUCAACCUGAUAGCAGCAGAUUUAAGCACAGCCAAAGGAGACGUUGUCUGCUACUAUGGAAACCGGGGGCAGCCUGAGCCUGUCGUCCUGACACCAGGCAUCUACGGGCUGAGCAACGCACUGUUGGACACGCCCUGGAGGAAGCUGAGCUUUGGGAAGCAGCUGUUCCAGGAGGCUGUGGAGCAGAGCCAGGCUCUAUCCAAGGACACCCUCAUCGCCCAGCUCCUCGACGUGCUUAACAAUGAAGAGGCACAACUGCCGGACCCAGCCAUCAUGGACCAGGGCAGGGAGUACGUGCAGCCCUUUCUGAGCAAGUAUGCGGCUGUGUGUGUGCGCGGCCCAAACUAUGGCACCAGAACCAACACGAUCAUCCUCGUGGAUGUGGAAGGCCAUGUGACCUUCACAGAGCGCAGCAUGCUGGACAAGGACCCCACCUGCUGGGAGACCAGUACCUAUGAGUUCAAGCUACAGAGCUAACCCCACCCCAGUUGGAGCAGGUGCAGACAGGACCCUCCACAAAUACACUGCACUGCCCAUGAGAGGCUCAGGCAUCAUCCCCAGGACCAGGGCCCUCUGAUUUGUAUACUGCUGUCUGUGUCCCAUGCCCAAAUUGGGAUCCACCGUUAUACCAUAUGGGGAGUGACAGUGUCUGACACCCAGGUCCAAGGCAGGCACAGAUGUGGUAUGCAUAUAUGAAUGCGCCUGGGCCUGCCCAGGCACAUGCACAUUUACCCAUACAAACACACACACACACACAAACACACACACACGUAUGCACACAAGGUGCACACGCAAACACUCACACAUGCACAUACACCACAUCCUUACACACAUGGCAUGCACACAUGGGCACACACUCAUGCGUUCACAUGCAUGGGCACACACACACGUGUGCUGAUGAAGUAGAAGCUUGCCUCUCAUACCACACAUGCUCUGGCCAGUGGAUCUUCGCUUUGGUCAAAAUGACAGGAGAAAACUGUUGUCUAAAAGUGGCCCUUCCUUCAGGCAUGCAGGACACAUACGUGAUUCGAUUUUUGACAACCAGCGCUCCUCUAGGAGAGGAGAUGGGCCGUGUUUGGAGUGAGAUGCAAGGAAGGAAGACCCAAGAAAAACCCACUCUAAACAACAACAUUGCUCGGUUGGGGGAUCCAGUAGCCCCGUGUGCUCUGGGCGGUCUUGUGUGUUCUAGGUGGUCCCACGGGCUCUGGGCAAUCCGUGUGCACCGGAUGGUCCUGUGCAUGGCAGGUGGUCCUGUGUGUUCCUGUGGUCCCAUGUGCACUGGGGUCCUGUGUGCGCUGGGGUCCUGUGUAUGCCCUUGCAGUCCCCAGGGUAUCCCCCGCCCCCGCCAACCUCUUGCUCAGGGUUCUCAUUCAAGUGGGGGUUCUAUGUUCUGAGGUAGGCUUGUUCACCAAGAGGAUACAUCCAGCUUGUGCCAUUUCCCUUCUUCUUGGAGAGCCAAACUUCACUGGCAUCCAAACUUCAUCGGAAUGGGUACUUGAAUGCAAGAUAUUGAUAAUAAAACUUUCAUUGAGGCUGUGCUGAGUACGUGCA